CAAAAUGGCUGACAAAUUUGACUUUGCAGCUUUUAUUUAAUUUAUCUGACCUUCUUAGGUACAUAGAGGACAAAUACCUAUUGAAUAGCAUGGCUGAGUACGGGGCACAUUUGAAUCAGAGCGCAAGCUCUGAGGCACCAACAUUUUUCGAGGUUAUCGCACAGGAAUCCAUGACGAGUGUUUUACGACCAGCCAUGACUUAUGCCUUGAAGACUAUAGCCAGUUCCCAUCCUGACAACUUGGGUUGGUUAUGGCGUUACGGCGACGAAAUUUAUAGUGUGAUGGACUAUGUAUUGCAGAAUUUUUAUCUUAAAAAAUACAGUGGGACAUUUUCUGAACAUUUUUAUGGGCUCAAACGAUUGAGUAUUUGGACCUCAAGCUCCACUCAAAUCAAUGGCAGUCCUCAAAGUACCGGAGUAGCUGAUACACAGUCAAAGCUAACAGAUAGACAGAGAUACUACUCUUUGUUAACAAUAGUAGUUAUUCCUUAUUUGAAGUUAAAGUUAGAUCAAUAUUUUGAAAGGCUUCGAGAAGAGACAGGAGAGGCGGUGUGCUACGUGCCAAGAAGACAGAAAUUCCUGCAGCAUCUAAAACGUAUUUUUGUUACUGUGUAUCCCUUUUUACACUGCACGUGGGAGUCAAUAUUUCUUUGCUAUCAGCUGAUGUACAUGUUCUCUUCCUCAAUUACUCAUUUUCCUCUCCUUCACUGGAUUGGUUUAAAACUCCAGCGCCUGUCACGUGAGGAUAUCCUUGCACAGACAAUGGAAGGCAAUGCCUUCUAUCCUCCAACAGGACAAUCAUGGCUGAACAAGUUAUAUGCCCUUCCAAGUACAUUGAACAGUCUCCUGGUCAAAGUCUUAGCCAAUGGACUUCCAAUCAUUGUGUUUUUUCUAAAGUUUUUAGAGUGGUGGUAUUCAAGUGAAAAUAGUCAUACUGUUGCUGCUGUUACCCAGCUACCCGUUCCUCCUCCUCCCCCUCAAUUACAGCCAGCUCAAUUUGGAGUGCAACUUCCAAGCCAUCCAGCUCAAUGUCCACUUUGCAAGAAAGUCAGAACAAACCCCACAGCACUGAGCACCUCUGGCUAUGUGUUCUGUUACCCCUGCAUCUAUCGUCACCUUGGACAGCAUGGCUGUUGUCCAGUGACCCAUUUACCCAGUACUCAAGAACAGCUAGUCCGACUGUACAUCAAUAAAGAGAAUUAAGUUAGCAACAAGAUAACUUUACCAUGAAAGCUUUUGUAGAUGUUAAAAAUUUUAAAAAAAAUUACUACAAACUACAAAAAUAUACUGAAACAAGCAACAAACCUGUCUACCAAUUCAAGAUUUGAUAACUUUAGGGUGCAAGAUUCCUUAUUUUCUGGCCCAAAUUGACAGAUUUAUUUUUUCUAAGAUUUGACAUUUAAAAACUUUUGCAUAUUCAGUUGCAAUAUUGGUAGAGUGCAAACAAUAUCUCUGUGAAAUAUCAGUAACGCUAACAGACUUAUACUAUUUUAUGCUAAUUCUAUUAUUUUCUUUUGUUUAACUAGCACUUUUGUUAAUACUAUAUUGUUUGCACUCGAUAAUCAAUUAUGUUUUAGUAUUUACAGAGAAACAUUAGACAUAUUACUUUGCAAAAGCUUUAGGAAAAAAGUAUAAGUUAGGGCAUUUGGUAACAGAACAUCAACGUUUUUUGUAAUUAUUGUAUUGUUUAUUUCUAAUUAUAUGCUGUAUACAUAUAAAUUAUUAUAUUACAUUUUUAAAGCACAAAUCAAAUAACUUAUGUAGUGUAGUUAUUAUCAUCUAGAUGAUUUCUGUUGAAUCAGUUUUUAGAGUGGUUUUCAUAAACCUGUAAAAUUUAGUACUACUUCUCUCUAUGCUUUGGUUUUCUAUUGUGUUUAUCUGACUAUUACACUGUUUUACAGGUUAGAGUGUUAUUCAUAAACACAUGAAACAAAGUGUACUAAUAUUAGAGUGUAAUAGUCAGAUAAACACAAAUAAAAAAACAAAUUAGAGUGUACU